UUUUCAGCGGCAGAGAAGGCUUCGUAUUUGCUCGUAAUGUUGCUAUUAGCUCUCUCUGUGGCUGCUGGUCCCUGCGGUCCUGCACCUAGAUGCUAUAUGCACGUACUCUGCUUUCCCUUUCCGUGCAUGUGGGGCUUCUUCGCUCCUGCGCGCGGCUAUAUACUUUCAAAGCUUUCAAAAACACUGCCAUUGAAGAAACAGUCAGCAGCUAGAUAGCCAUUGAAUUUCUCUCUCUCUCUCUCUCUCUCUCUCAACCAUGAAAAGCCUAUGCAUUGAUCUUUUUAAGAAUUGCAGUGCAACCAGUUUGGCGGGUACUAGGAGCAGCAGAGUUUUAACUUACCGGUUUCAGAGAACCAACUAUCAGACGCAUCUGCCCUCCACCAAACUUACAUUCUCUUCCUACUCUACUAAAACUUGCUUUGCAACUCUAUCGGCUGUAACCUCGGAGGUGGAAGAAAAACAAACAUUCAAUCCCGACAAAGCUGGCGAGCUAGUUAAGGAGCUGCGAAACAGUUUCAAUUCGGGAAGGACGAAAAGCUAUGAGUGGAGAAUGUCACAGUUGGAGAACAUUGCAAAGAUGCUUGAAGAGAAAGAGAAAGAGAUUACUGAAGCUCUUUACAAGGACCUCUCCAAGCCUGAAGUCGAAGCAUUUAUAUCCGAGAUUGUUACUGCAAAAUCCUCAUGUAACGAGGCACUGAAAGAAUUGAGACAGUGGAUGAUUCCGCAAAAGGUCAACACUUCAAUUACAACAUUUCCAUCAUCAGCAGAAAUUGUGUCAGAUCCUCUAGGAGUUGUGUUGGUCAUCUCAACAUGGAACUUUCCUUUCUUGUUAUCUCUUGAUCCAGUCAUUGGAGCUAUUUCAGCUGGCAAUGCUGUUGUGCUAAAACCUUCAGAAAUUGCUCCAGCUACAUCUUCACUUCUUGCAAAAUUAGUAGAGGAGUAUUUAGAUAAUUCAGCUGUAAAAGUUGUUGAGGGGGCUGUUCCAGAAACAACUGCACUUUUAGAGCAGAAGUGGGAUAAGAUACUCUAUACAGGUAGUGCAAGAGUAGGGCGCAUUGUGAUGGCUGCUGCUGCAAAACACCUUACACCUGUAAUUCUAGAACUCGGUGGAAAGUCCCCAGCUGUUGUCCAUUCAGAUGUCGAUUUACAAGUUGCUGUUAGGAGGAUAAUAGCAGGAAAAUGGGCAUUGAACAAUGGACAAGCUUGUAUCGGUGUUGAUUAUAUUAUCACUACAAAAGACUUUGCUCCAAAGUUGAUAGAAGCUCUAAAAAUUGAACUUGAGCAAUUUUUUGGGAAAGAUCCAAUGAAUUCAAGGGAUAUAUCCAGGAUAGUAAGCUCAACCCAGUUUAAACGUUUGGCAAAGCUGUUGGAUGAGGAUAAGGUCUCUGAUAAGAUUGUCCUCGGAGGCCAAAUGGAUGAGAACCAAUUGAAAAUAGCUCCAACUAUCUUGUUAGAUAUCCCAGAAGAGUCUCAGCUUAUGCAGGAGGAGAUAUUUGGGCCAUUGAUGCCUAUUGUCACUGUUGAGAAGAUUGAAGACAGUUUUGAUGUCAUAAAUUCAAGGCCAAAGCCUCUUGCAGUGUAUGUUUUCACAAACAAUGAGCAGCUGAAGAAGGGCUUUGUGGAAAACAUAUCAUCUGGAGGAAUGCUCAUCAAUGACACCGUUCUACAUGUUAGCAUAAGCGGUUUACCAUUUGGAGGAGUUGGGGAGAGUGGAAUGGGUUCAUACCAUGGUAAAUUCUCCUUUGAUGGGUUUAGCCACAAGAAGGCAGUUCUUUACAGAAGUUUUAGUGGAGAUUCAUCUCUGAGGUACCCACCAUACACACCUGAAAAGCAAAGAUUGCUCAAGGCAGUGAUCAGUGGUGACAUAUUUAGCAUAAUCCUGGCUUUGAUUGGAUGGUCUAAAUAAUGAAAUUUGGCAGGCUCUAGACAGGAUGUCUUCAAUUCAGUUUUUCUUGUAUGUAAGUUGAUAUGGAUCAAUCAAAUUUAGGCCUCUUCGACUGAAUAAUAUGCAUUGCAAUGUAUGUAUCUGUAAUUGCUGUUCUGGUUACGUUAUAAUAUUGCUUUUCCCUACAAA